AUGUUUUCAGCAAUCAAGACUGAUCUCCACUUAUUACUUGAGUGUCUGAAGUAUCAGAUGAAAUGUCCAGACUCACAGAAACAAGCUCUACUUACCAUCAUAUCAAUCUGUCAACAGGAUGGUCAGUAUGUUGAGUUCUUCAAAGAGAUUGGAGGUGUGACAUUCAUCUAUAACCUCUUCAGCUCCAGUCAUUACUCUGAGGUUAAAGAAACAGCUCUUUUUGCACUUGGCUCCUUGGCUGAAUUUAACGAGAUCUGUAAACAGACCCUCUGCAGGGAGGAGAUAUUCCAUGACUUGAUGGAUUGCCUGAAACAUGAAGUGUCCCAUAACCGGAAAAGGGUGGCAGUGUACAUGCUGUCUGUGUUGGUUUCCAACAACAGACAAGGGCAGAGCUUUGCUCAGGCUACUGGAUGCAUUGAUAUUCUGCUCAAUUUGUUCAGUGAUAAUUUUCCAGAUUCAGGAGGACCUAGAGAGGUAUUGCAGCUGUGGGCUUCAGUGUCCAGUGCGCUCUGCGGCUGUGUCAACAACCCACAGAACGAGGAGAACCAGCGUGCAUGCAUGUGUGUGUUCCCCUUGGUGAGAGUGUGGCUGGUACAGGUAUCUGUGUCCAGACAGGAACUGGCACAACCCAUUUGCUCUUUCAUUGGCAUGGCUGUGGCCAAUAACAUGUGUGCUCAAGAGUAUUUUGCAUCGCUUGGAGGACUGGUCACACUCUCAGACUCUUUAGCCAGUUUGGUCCCUCACUGCAAAGACGACAUUGUGGCCUGCAAGCUCGCUACUACAAUCACCAGAACGCUGUCUGCCUGUAUAGCUGACAAUGAGGCAUUAGCACCUGUUCUGUCCAAGUUGCGGUUGGUUCCACACCUCCUGCUUCUGCUGUCCGUGCCUAAUCUCAGUCCACAAGACCAGCUAGUGGUGGUAAUGACACUGGGACACUGCACCAGUGCAUGUGUGGCGCAUCAGUCCCAGUUAUUGCUGGGUGGUGGACUGUCUUUAAUGAUCUCUCUACUGACUGAAACGAAUGAUGAGGAAGUCAGAAAGGCAGUCACUUUUGUGUUACAAACCUGUAAAAAGAUCACGGAUUCACUGGGCAGAGAUGUAUCACAUCAGGAUAAGGACUGUGUCCUGCAGAGACAUUGGGAGUCAGCACGUGAAAUACUACAGAGGAUUCAGCGCCUGGAAAAACGACAGUUGAUUGGGGAGGAGUUAGAAAAGGAUGCAGAAAAUUCCUCUGAUUGGCACCCACAGCCAGUUCUGUUGAGGUCUGUGGAAUGCAGAGAGGAAUUGUGGGAGGGCUCAGUGGUGCGAAAGGUGAAGGGUCGAAACCGGCUAUAUGAGGAGGAAAAUGAUUUAAACCAAGACUUUAUUUACAAAAUAUCUUUUCACGCAGGAUCAUCAGUGAGACCUACUGUCCUUUCAUUAAUUUGCUUUUUGUGUGGGUGUGUGUGUUUGCAGCAGCAGUUUCAGAGACAGAUUUUGAGAGAUUUUGACAAGUCAUUGAAUCCUGAAAAAAGAGAGGGGGAACCACAGCAAAACAAGAAUGGGAGAGUAGGAUCAGAAAACAACACUGACUUCCCAAUGCUGAGAGAUGAAGAGAUAAAAAAGAGAGAGAGGGAAAAAAUGGAAAGGGAUGAAAGAGGAGAAGGGAUAGUGAAGAUGAAAGCCCACUUCAACAGAAGCAUGGGCACAAAUGAUUGGAUUAAUGGAAACCCAAACAGAGCCAAACUCCGCAAGCCCCCAAUGGAAGGUGACAGAGACUUGCAUAGCCCGCAUAUUUUCAAACAUCCUGCUCCCAUGAAGAGAAGCCAGCAGCAACAGACUCUCUCUGAGGAUGAGUUGUCUCUGUGCUCGGAGCUGUUGGAUAGUGAGAUUGAGAGAAUCCUCGCCAUUCCAGCUGCCUCCAAAGACAGGCAGUUACGCUGUGCAGGUUGUGUGAUUGGAGUGGACGAGGUGGACAGCCGUUCGGUAGGUGCCGUACUGCGCCUCUGCAGGUGCUUGUGCCAGUUCCACCGGAUGCUGCAGAAGGCCGAGGGGCAUCUGAAGAGAAGUCUGCGGUGCAGUGGGGUCGUGCCCAUGUGCAGUGAUGCCAGCAUGGGCCACAAUGCAGCCAGCAUAUCUCAGUGUUUUCAAACUUGUUCCAAAUAUUCAAACUGUAUGAAGAAGAAGGGGACAGAGGGGAACAGGGAGGGACUGAACCAGUUAGACACUGUGAGAUUCAUAAAUCUCACUCCACUGAAGAGACCAUGUGAAACAAAGGGCUCAAACAUGGACAAGAAAAAUGUCAGUCUCCAGAAAGCAGUCCACAGAGAUAGCAAACCCAACUCUUCAGGCAGACACAGAGAAAGGAAGAACUACUCUGCAGAUGAGCUGGCCUUCCUCACAGAUGGGGUGAGACGUUUUGGUCACUCCUGGAAUUCCAUACUUUGGGCUUAUCCAUUCCAGCAAGGACGCACUAAUGUAGACUUGGCAAAAAAAUACAAAAAACUAAAACUGGGCUUACCUCAGACACCAGACCUUACAACACUGGAUUCUGCUGACCCAAAAGUUUGUUAAACUGGCAUUCUGCACAAUGUUUUACACAUUAACACCCAAGUCAGCCAUCAGACCAUUGUAGAAGUCUGUCACUCUAAGUUUAAAUCUUGAACAUGUAUGCAAGUUUCUUUAUUACUUGUUUUGUUGAACUUUGUUUGAAUUAAAGUUCUUUCCAAAUUUCUUUUUAUGUUUGGGGUGGGUGUUGGGCAGUGGUCAAUAUCUCAUUGCUUCAGUCCUUACUCUUUCUUCUAAACUUUACUGGCCAUUGUGAGAAUCUCACCUAAUAGUCAUAUUCUUUACUAGAUAUAGAGGAAUGAGCGAUUUAUAUGGGACAGAGGCUUCUAAGGCUAUGUCCUAGAGUUUGUACCCCAAAACUGAAUUUCCCUUGUGACUUCUGAAAACCUUUUUUCUCUGGAAGGAAUGUGGCCCUUCCCCCUACAUGUAUAUGAGAAUGUGUGUGUUGAGUUAAAAGAAAUCCAAGUACAGUAGCAGGAAACCUCAUUACUGCAUAUUCUGAAGUUCUGCAGAGCUUUCUUUGUGUACUGGAACAAUUCACAUACUUUCCUAUAUGUUUAAUUUUUGACAUUGUUUCACUUGAUUCCUAAAAUCAACCCCGCUGUAUUGUCUGGCUAAUUUAAAACUUUGUACAGGCUGAUGAUUUGCACUACUUGGAUAAAUAACCUAUUCCAGCUACACCAGCAAAUUGCCAGACAAAAAUAGAUAAGCCCUUUGUAAUUGUAAAGAGUCAACCAGGUUAGAGAUUAGACAUUAAGGUCUGUAACAGUUUAAUUUUAUUUUCUCACUUGCAAUCAUUGUUUUAACAUGUUCUUAUUGCAUUUCUGUGAUGGUACUUUAUUCAUACAGAGUAAAUAAAAAGGUUAUUUUACUCAUUUAA